CACACACUGAAAGCAAGAAGGUCAAACUUGUAUUGUUUGUUGAACAGCUCAGCAGUUCCAAGUCCGAAGCGCCAGAUCAAAAACUGGCACAAGUGAAAAGCGUUGAGACUCGGUAGGAAACCAACAGAAGCAUAUGCUCUUUCACUGUAGAACAAUUUGGCGCCAAAAAUCAUGAAGCUCGACAACUCCAACAACUCCAACGGCCAGAUUUCCGCCGGCGCCGACGACGACGUAUUCGUGCCGCCGCUCAACUUCGCCAUGGUCGAUCAAGGCAUUUUUAGGUCUGGUUUUCCCGACUCUGCCAACUUCAGCUUCUUAAAAUCCCUUCGUCUCCGCACUGUUAUAUGUUUGUGCCCUGAACCGUAUCCAGAAGUGACUUCUGAAUUUCUCAAGGCCAACGGAAUAAAGCUUUAUCAAUUCGGGAUCGAUGGAUGUAAGGAACCCUUUGUCAACAUCCCAGAUGACACAGUUCGUGAAGCUUUGAAAGUAGUCCUCGAUGUCAGGAACCACCCAGUACUAAUUCAUUGUAAACGAGGGAAGCAUCGCACUGGUUGCCUUGUGGGAUGCAUCAGAAGAUUGCAGAAAUGGUGCCUAUCUUCUGUAUUUGAUGAGUACCAAAGGUUUGCAGGCGCCAAGGCCAGAGUUUCGGAUCAGAGAUUCAUCGAAUUGUUUGAUAUUUCUUGUCUCAAGUCCAACCCGCUCUCAUUUUCAUGCUCCGGGAAAUAGAAAUUCAAAGAGUAUUUUAAAAAGUUGCUGCUUCCUCCCGCGGUAGAUAUCCGCGAUGAAGAGAAGUCACUAGUCACCAGUCUUUAUCCUUUUUAGCUGAAGUUCAGGGCAGUUUUAUUAGAAUUUUUAACGAAAUGUUAUGCUUCCUGAGUUUUUUUUUUUCUCUUUUGCUUUUCCGUGUCAUUGUUGGAUACCUGGAUCUCAAAUUUAGCAAUUCAUGAAUAAAAGACUGCAUACUGCUGACUA